CAAUGAAUGGCGUUCGACCCGUUCAUCACGACGCCAGCCAUGGGGAGAAGAAGAAAAGGAAUUACAAGCUGCUGGUGGACCCAGCGAUGAAAAAAGGAGCCGUCAAGGUCUACAGAUACGAUGGAGUCGUUCCAGGGCAAGAAAAUCUUUACCCUCCCGUCCAAGUCCGUGAUCCCAGGUCCCGCCUUGCAUUUCUCUGGGCACGGACUGAAAUUGCCGACCUGCCUGUGCCCAAGUUCAAGAUCGACGAGCACUAUGUGGGGAUCCCGCCCCCGCUGGAGGUGACACUGACCAACCUCAACGACAACAUUGGCAAGGGCUUCCUGGACGACCUGGUGAAGAAGUUUGGCCAGGUGGACGAGUCGGUGGUGUACUACCACGGCCGCACCCGCAAGCACCUGGGCCUGGCACGGGUGGUCUUCUCCACCACCCAGGCGGCCCGCUUCUGCGUCGACAAGAUGCAUCUCUCCUCCGUCAUGGGCAACAUCCUCAACGUCUUCUUCGAUCCUUUCGGUCGGGAGUGCCAGCGGCUGUACGAAGAGCUCUGCUCCGAGCGGCCCAAGUUCCCGGAGCCCCUGGCAUUUGCACCCGAGCCCCCUCCGCCUCCCCUCCCCCAGCCCCCCCUGCCCCCCAUCGGCGCUCCCUCCACGCAACUGCCCCCCAGGGCGCUGCCCCCCUCCGGUUCCUCUGCCUCCACGCCGUGCUCCUCGACCGCCGCACCCCAGCAGUCGGACUACUCGGGUUACUCCAACCACUCGGACUACGGGUCGGCCUCCGCCGCGUCCUACCGCUCCAACGCGUCGACCCCGCUCAGCUACGACAGCGGCUACUCAUACUGCGCGUCGUCCCAGUACGCCGCGGCAACGGGGCACCACCCUGCGUCAGCUUGGGACGUGAACCACGCGGGCUCGUGGCCUCCGACGGCCGACGGGAUGCACCAGUGGCGGGGUGCGGCGCAAUGGGACCCGCACGCGGCGAGCGACGCAAUCCCCCAGAAGCUGAGCCCCGCGCGGGAGAGCCUGGACAGCCGCAUCGAGCUCCUGCUCAAGCAGACGGAAGGUAGGGGGAGCUUCUUGGACGUGGCCGGAGGCGUCCCGGUGUUUGGGAGCCCCCCCUUCGACGGCACACCGCAGCAGCAGGAGUCGCCCGUCUCCAAGGCGGCGCCGCCACUGCCCGAAGGGGCAUCGUUCUCCGACGUCGCGUCGAUGCCUCCGCUCCCGCCGGACUCUUCCCCGCUGCCUCCCCUGCCGGAGAAGGACGAGCCGCCUCCGCCGCCUCCCGAGGACGAAGAGGAGGACGCAUCAUUCGAGGUGCUGUCAACGCCUCCGUCGCCCUUCCUCUCGUACCAGGAGUACCACCACUGGGCGCGAGUGACGAGGGAGACGAAGGUCGGCGGGGCGGCCGCGCUGUCGGACUCGGAGCCGCUCGCCGUCAACGACGAGGCCACGAACCAGUCGACAGCGAGCACGCGAGACUCAACGCCUGUCCACGAUGAACUACCCGAGCCGCCGUCCGGCGAGGAAGACGACCGGAUGAGUAUUGUCCACCAGGAGAGCCAGCUGAAGAUCCUCAGCAAUCUCAACCUUAACAAAAGCAACCUCAAUGGCCCGGGCGAUGUCGGCGACCUCGAUGGCAGCACCGAGAAGGAAGCGGCAGUGGAUGACGACGACGACGACCGCAUGUCGCUCUCGUCGUUAAGCAGUGGAGACGAGAAGCUGGAAGUGAACGCGCCGCCGCCCGGGCCCCCGCUCAAUGCCUACGUUGGCCACGAGGCGGCACCCGUCGUUGCGUCGGCGGCGGGGUACCCCUCCCCGCUGUCUGCCGCUACCGCGGCGCUCUAUGCCGCCAGCACGUCGCACUACCCGUCCGGCGCGCACCCCAUGUACCCGAGCCAGGAGGUGCAGAUGAUGGCCCAGAUGGGCAUCUGGAAGCCCGGCAUGGGCUCCGGCGUUGGGGGCACCGCCGGUGCGCUUUCUCCGCACUCACACUCUCAGCACGUCCCGCACGUGUCUCCGACGGCGGCCUCGUACGCAUACGCGAGUUCCACGGCGGCCGGCGCACCACCUCCGCCCCCUCCUCCCCCUCCGAUGCUCCACUCGUACAACCCCAACUACCCUCCCCCUCCGCUGCACCAGUACGGCUCGUCGGGGAGCACGCACCCUGUGCACCUCUCCCCGGCCCGCGCCCCCCACCACUACCCGCCGCCGUCCCCGUACUACCCUCCGGGCACCAGCACACCUCCGUCCCACUACGGAGCGGUGCGCGAGUACGGCAGGGUGCCGCCGCCCUCGCCGUACCGGUGGUACGGGUCUGCGCUAGCGGGGAGGGCGAGCGCGUCCCCGUGGGGCAGCCCCCAGGCGAGCGGCGGGGCGCCGCCACCUGGGACGUGGAGCAGCGACCCCAACGCGGCCACAGUGCGUGCGGUGUUGGGCGCCCUGGUGGCGGAGCUGCGGGAGAUUGUCAAGCGGGACAUCUGCAAGCGCAUGGUGGAGAACUACGCCUUCAAGCGCUUCGAGGCCUGGUGGGACGAGCAGGUGUCGGCGGCCUCCAAGUCCAAGACAUCAGAGGUGGCUCCCCAGGAAGCCACGAGCAGCCAGCCUGCCGUCUCUUCACUGUCGUCACUCUUCGAUGGCUCUCGGGAAUCCGGCUUCUCCAUUGGCGAGGGUUUUGGCUCCGGCUUUGGAUUUGGACUGCGUGCAGCGAUGCCCAGGAUGCCAUCCUUCAGGAGAAUACGAAAACCGCCUUCCCCACCUCCCCUCGACGAUGAGGACAGCAAAAAGCCGGAUGACUCUGACGGCGAGCACGACAAGCUCUCGGAUUCCGAAUCCGAGUCGCCGCGGCAGAGGAAAGGGAGCGCCCCCGUCGUGGAGGAGGAGCACAGCACCCAGGAGAGCGACAGCGACAAGGCAGACUCGGAUUCCGAGUCGGAGUCGGACGAGAGUUCAGAGUCUGAAAGCAGUUCGGAAGAAGAUGGGGACGAAGAAGCCUCGUCAUCAGAAUCUGGUGAAUCAGAGUCUGAUUCUGAAUCGGAGGAAGAGGAUGCCGAAGUCGUGGCCAGUAGUAAAGAAGAAAGUCGAGACAAGCCGGUCACAAGGAGCCCCGAUGCUCGACGGGAACUUUUUGUGUCCGACAUUGAAGAGAGGAAGAAGGAGCCGGAGCCAGAAAUCACUAAGCGAGACAACGAGGCAGAAGUCCGCACGGCUGAGAGCCCCGCGGCAUCUCCAACCCCAACCAAAGAGGACAUCAAGUCCGAAGAAGUGGAUGUCGACGUUGACGUCACCCCGUCUCCAACGCCAUCGCCUCAUGAAGACGACGCCGAGACGCAGCAGCUGGAACCCGAAUUGCCCGAGGCGAGGUUCGUCGCGGCGGGAGUCCCAGACGUCCGCCCAACCGCGGAGCCUCCCAAGGUGGAACCCGCGCCCACUGAGCCUCCCCAAUCCCGCGACCUCGAGUAUGAAGCGUCGGAAGCGCUCAUGGCCCUCGCGGCCGGGUUCGCGGAGCCGGAACUUCCGACUCCGGCGAAAAACGAGUUCCUAGUUAAUGGGGACGUCACGGGCGCCCUCGCGACGAAGGUCGGAGAAGACGUGAAGGAUGAGGAGGAUGUUCCAAACUACCUCAGGUCAGACCACUGCUACUGCCUGCCACGGCAGAAUGUCGCGGACGGCGACGGAACGCCGUUGGACCUCGUGACGACGGGCGACCACGAGUACACGCGGAUGGCGACCACGCCACCUCCUCCUCCCGUGGAAGUGCUCGAGAGUCUAGUUCAUCCGGCAGCGUCACCGCCCAAGACUCCGACGGGGCGCAAGAACUCGCGGAAGGGUAAAGAACGCCAGUCGGCGAGGGAGCGGCUCCUGCUGGAGGAGCCCCUUCUGCUGGAGCCCGUGACCAAGCUGUCGCGGGCUGUGGCAUUUGCCAAGCGGAACGUCGUCGAGGAAAUGAAUAUCCUGUACGAGUUCCUGAGGACGGGGGUGGAUGCGGAGGAUGUGCAGUACCUCAAGCGGAGCUACGACGCCAUGCUGCAGGAUGAGAUCCAGGGAUACUGGCUCAACGACACCCACUGGGUGGACCAUCCGCCAACGAACAUCCCCAACCCGACUAAGAAGAAGAAGAAGGACGAGUCCCGUGUGCAUGUGACCGGCUGCGCCCGCAGCGAGGGCUACUACAAGAUGGACGUCAAGGAGAAGGCCCGCUUCAAGCAGUCGGGCAGCUGCAUGCCUCAGCACGAGACUCAGGAUCCAACGAGCAAGGCGCGGGUGGCUGCCCAGUCGAGCAGGGAAGCCCGAUCCAACCAGCGCAGGCUACUCACUUCCUUCGGGGAGGCUGAGGUGGUUAGCGACCUGCUCAAGUUCAACCAACUCAAGUUCCGCAAGAAGCAGCUCAAGUUCGCCAAGAGCCGCAUCCACGACUGGGGCCUGUUUGCCCUGGAGCCGAUUGCCGCUGACGAGAUGGUCAUUGAGUAUGUGGGCCAGAUGGUGCGGCCCGUCAUGGCCGACCGGCGGGAGCAGCACUACACGCAGAUCGGCAUCGGCAGCUCCUACCUGUUCCGAGUGGACGUCGAGACCAUCAUCGACGCCACAAAGUGCGGCAACUUGGCGCGCUUCAUAAACCACAGCUGCAACCCCAACUGUUAUGCCAAGGUGAUCACAGUGGAGGGGCAGAAGAAGAUAGUCAUCUACUCAAAGCAGCCCAUCAACGUCAACGAAGAAAUCACGUACGACUACAAGUUCCCCUUGGAGGAAGAGAAGAUCUCCUGUCUGUGUGGUGCUCCACAGUGCAGAGGCUUCCUCAACUAAAAAGCAGUGCGACCCCGACGGCAUGUGUACAGUGUACAUAGCUCAUCCCAUCUCCCACGAAAAGAGCUCAUCCGCCUUGUUACGGCCGCUGUUGUUAUUGUUGGUUGAUUGGUCAUCAGGGCGGGUGAGAAGGACACCCAGAAGUGCUGAGUCAUUUCCUCCGUGUCGGAGGCAGGACUGUUGAAGCAUCAUCUGUACAUAGACGAGAUUCAUUUUCUGGAAGAAAAAAAAAAUGAGCGCUUUUAUUUUUCACUUUGUUCCAAAGCCUUGUACAUUAUCUCCUCCCGUUCCUCUGAGAAAUUUGUAAUAAAAUGAAUGCGGCGCUUUGUACAAGAUAGCCAACAAGAAGCA